AAGAGAGGAAACUGAAUUAAACCAUUCGGGAGAAGUUCACAAUGAAGUUUCUUCUACUGAUGCUGACCCUAUGGGUUGGUACUUCUGCAGCUGAUUCACUGAAUGAAAAUGAUGUAGUAUUUGCUGAGAGGUACUUGGAAAACUUUUAUGGUCUUAAAAUGGAGAACAUUCCAACAGCAAGAUCAAAAACUAACUUCAUGGAUGAACUAAUCAAGGAAAUGCAGCAAUUCUUGGGGCUAAAUGUGACUGGCCAACUAGACACUGCUACCCUGGAGAUGAUGAAGAAACCUCGAUGUGGAGUGCCUGAUGUGCAGCAUUUCAGUACCAUGCCAGGAAGGCCAGUGUGGAGGAAGCAUUACAUCACCUACAGGAUCAAGAAUUACACUCCACACAUGAGGUAUGAAGAUGUUGACUACGCCAUUCAGAAAGCUUUCCAGGUAUGGAGUGAAGUGACUCCCCUGAAAUUCAGGAAGAUUUCUGAGGGCGAGGCUGACAUCAUGAUCCUUUUUGCCCGUGGAGAUCAUGGAGACUACAGUGCCUUUGAUGGCAGAGGCGGUGUCUUAGCCCAUGCUUAUGGACCUGGAUCUGGUAUUGGAGGAGACACACAUUUUGAUAAUGAUGAAAUCUGGACUAAAACUCAGAAAGGCACAAACUUGUUCCUUGUUGCUGUUCAUGAGAUUGGUCAUGCCCUAGGACUUGGUCACUCAAAUGAUUACAAGGCCAUAAUGUUUCCCACCUAUGGUUAUAUUAAUAUCAACACAUUUCGCCUCUCUGCUGAUGACAUACAUGGAAUUCAGUCCCUUUAUGGAGGUCCAAGGCCGCACCAACCCAUUCCAAAUCCUGACAGUCCAGAACCAACUCCCUGUGACCACAAUUUGAAUGUUGAUGCUGUCACUACAAUGGGAAAUAAAAUAUUUUUCUUUAAAGGCAGGUUCUUCUGGUGGAAGAUUCCUAGGAGUUCAAUGUCCAAUGUCCGUUUAAUUUCAUCCUUAUGGCCAACGUUGCCAUCUGGCAUUGAGGCUGCUUACGAAAUUGGAAACAGACAUCAAGUCUUUUUUUUCAAAGAUGAUAAGUACUGGUUAGUGAACAAUUUGAAAAUACAGUCAAACUAUCCCAAGAGCAUACAUUCUCUGGGUUUCCCUGUGUCUGUGAAAAAAAUUGAUGCAGCUGUCUUUAACCCCAAUCUCAGGAAGACCUACUUCUUUGUGAAUAAUCAAUACUGGAGAUUUGAUGAAAGGAGACAGCACAUGGAUUCUGGUUAUCCCAAGUUGAUCACCAACAGCUUCCCAGGAAUUGGGCCUAAAGUUGAUGCAGUCUUCUAUUUCCAAAGACACUACUAUUUCUUCCAGGAAUCAAGUCAGAUUGAAUAUAAUACUUUUACCAAUCGUGUCACCAAGAUGCUGAAAAGCAAUAGCUGGUUUGAUUGCUAGGAGCAGUGUCAUUCACUUCCAGUUGAUGAGUGUUUAUUGUAUACAAACUAUGUGCUCAGUAUAACACUACAUGCUGAAUUGUAUCAUAAAAUAAGAUAAAAUAUAUUGGCUAUAGAUAAAUGAUUGAACAAUAUAUAAAUUUUCAAUUUUGAAGACCUCAUAAUUCUACUAUUAAAUUUGAAAAUAGAUGCCUUCAAAUUCAAGAUAAUGUCUUUUAAGGUAUGCUUUGUGAAUUGAUUUCUACCACUGUUUGGAAACUUAGAAUUACUUCUCUGGCUUAAUAAAUUAUAUAUUAUUCAAAUGAGAAGUUUGAGA